UCGUGUCCAGGGAAGAGGCAGCAGCCAGUUUCCGCUCAGGUUCCCCUCCGCUGCCGGUUGUUGCGUGCUCGUCCUCCCGGCGCCAUGUUGGGUGUCAGCGUCCGCCGGUUCGCCACCUCGGCCAUUCGCCGUUCGCAUUAUGAGGAGGGGCCUGGAAAGAACCUCCCUUUUUCUGUGGAAAACAAAUGGCGAUUAUUGGCAAUGAUGGCAGUCUUCUUUGGAAGUGGAUUUGCUGCUCCUUUUAUUAUAGUAAGGCACCAGCUGCUCAAGAAGUGAACAUACAUUAAUGGAGUGAAGAUGGAAGUUUAUCUAAAGUACAACUUUCUUUUCUGAAAGAAAGCAUACAGCUAAGACUAAUCACACUGGAUGUGUUUGUAAAUAAAAAUUAAAUCUGAA